AUACAAAGAUGAGAUAUUUGUAUAAAUGAGUUAAAAUUAUUUGCGUAUGGUCACCUUAUUUAACACAAGUUGACCCGACCGCCAUUAUGAGACUUAAUGAAACGGUUAGGAAAUUGCACAUUUGUGUAUUCGCUUUCUUUCAUUUCGGUUGGUCUCAUGUUUUUAUUUUGUUAAUAGACAAGAACAAAUGCAAAUUAUAAAAGGACGUAUGAUGUGGAUUUUAUGAAUAAAUACUGAAAUCAGUUCUUUAAACAUUUAGAUAACAAAUGUAACACUUAAGGAUUUAUACUAUUCGUGAGUGUCUGACGCAUAAUUAAAAAUAUACAAAUAUGUCAAGUGGAGCUAGUUUGAUUCCAACUACUGUUCCGGGGAAUGGAAAUGUCAGUUCCUCUGAUAUAGUACCAACAGCUGCUGCAACGAACACAGUUGAACGUCGCUGCGACAAUGCUGAUUGCAAUGUAGUGAAGUUGGUCUCGAUGGUGCCCAAGCGUAAGAAUAUACAAUUCGUCACGGAACCAACUGUGAGUGACAAGCCACUGCUGAUAAAUGGUUUCACAACAAUUUUUCAGGUUGAUGGCAGCUCGGCCAAACUUAGUGAUUUAAAGAUUCCAAGCUCAACGAAUCCCUCGGUACCGAAAACUAUAUUUCGUGUCGUUCCAAAUACACAUGCACAUAUUGUAAACUACGUUGUUGUGGAUGCAGAUGGCGAAUCUCUGCGCAAAAUUAACGACAGUGAUCCGGCCACAAUGCGUAAAUUAUUAGAUUCCCAAAAAAAUAGCGCUGAUCAAAUGUUGCGUAAAUUAAUGGCUGGUCAUGGUUCCUCAGUUGUGGUUUCGACUGCUUCAAAUAUUGCGGAUCCUGUUCCGGUUGUGAGCAAGAGUCAAACAACGAUUGGGACACCUGUUACAUCUGCAAGCCGAGUGCCACUAGCUUCUGCUUCAAUUCAACCAUUAUCUAGUAGAGCGUCAAAUACAGCCGGAUAUUCCACAGGAACUGCACAAGCGCAAACGCAACUGAAACCGUCAAUACAAUUACCAAUGCGUAUGCACCCAAAUCUAAAAAUAACUGCCGUUGCAAGUGCAGAAACUGUUUCUACUCUGUCGACUCCCACAUUAUCACAGGCCCAACCCCCAACAACCUCAGCAAAUCUGCCAUUGAUCACACCAGUUCCAUUGGCAAAUCUGCAAAGUGCUCCGCAACUGCCUGUCAAAUCUUCGGGCUCAACGGCAUCACAAGUUGAUAAGCCUGUUUUCGAUCAAAUGCAAGCUGAAUUGGAGGACUUGCGUCGCAAAGUAGCAUUGCUAGCUGAAGCUCAAGCUAAGAAUCAACAGGUUCCCAGCACGCAGGGUGGAUUUGCACGUGGUGUUAAACGCAAUUAUUAAAUUAAGUCACUAAUAUUACUUACACAAGUAUAACGCGAAAGACAAAAGUCUACGACACUAGAAUUUAUUUAUUUUCAUUCUUUGUGUCUCAAUCUCGUUUUCGUUGUUUAAAUAAUAAAUAAUAAAUAAAUUAGUAUUAUAUAAAGUUUGCAAAGUUGAAAUAAUGUAAAGUUAAUGAAUUAUUAAAAGCAUGAUGUAUUAUUUGAAAUAUUAGAAUGAAAUAUUAUUCAAAAAACAUUUAAACAGAGAAUGCUUGUAAGUCUUUGCUAUGUAAAAUCAAUUCAGAAAUUAAGUACGUGCACUUGUCAUGCAUCGUUUUUGUGUAUGAAAACUACUGAUUAUGGGAAUAAAAUAAACUUAUUUAAAUGA